GAUUUGGAUCGCUCAAAAAUACGAGAUGUUAUAUCAGAAAAUAAUUCGUAUAACAAUGUAAAAUGUACUUCAGAUGAUUUAUCAGAGUAUGAACAGUUAAAGAAAAAGGGAUUAAAUGAUUUGGAAAUUUAUAAAGAACAAUUUAAGAGUAAAUAUCCUAAAAGGAAAGUUCCUAUAUUAGCUUUGUCUGGAGAGAAAAUAAUACCACCUGAAUUUAAAAUGUUGCCAACUGUAAGAACUCGUUUAAAUUACGCAUUUUUCAUACCAUAUUGCACUAUAUUUAUAUUAAUUAUUUUUUACAUCUUUAUUAAAGUUGUAAAAUAUCACAGAUUAGAAGAUGGAACGGGUAAAUUGAACUUUAAAUAA